AUGUGCUUCAAAGACUCCAAUGUCGAGUAUCUCGACCCACCAGCACGGCAAUCGUCAGUUAAAUCAGAAGCACCAACGAUAUUAGUGCCCCCGAGCAAGAAUGCUGUAAAAGAAGCCAAAGCGGCUGAGAAAGCAGCGAAAAAGGCCAGACGAGAGGAGAACGCAGCGAUUCGUCGAAAGAUGAUGUAUGGACCUGGUGGUGGUGCAAUGAUUGUUCCAUAUGCAUACGCACAUUGCAUGCCUUAG